CGUCUGAAGUCGAGCUCAAUUUUCGGAGAUUCACUGAGAGUAGCACCAAGAUCGCAAUUGAAAGCCACGAAGGCUAAGAACAAUGGUGCUUCAACGAUGACCAAAUGUGAAAUUGGUCAAAGCCUGGAAGAGUUUUUGACACAAGCAACGCCUGACAAAGGGCUGAGAACUUUGCUGAUGUGUAUGGGAGAAGCAUUGAGGACAAUAGCUUUCAAAGUUAGGACAGCUUCUUGUGGUGGAACAGCUUGUGUUAAUUCCUUUGGCGAUGAACAACUCGCUGUCGACAUGCUCGCCGAUAAGCUUCUCUUUGAGGCUUUGCAAUACUCGCAUGUGUGUAAGUACGCGUGCUCUGAAGAAGUACCUGAGCUUCAAGACAUGGGAGGUCCAGUGGAAGGUGGGUUUAGUGUUGCGUUUGAUCCGUUGGAUGGAUCGAGCAUUGUUGAUACAAAUUUCACCGUGGGAACCAUAUUCGGAGUCUGGCCUGGAGACAAGUUAACCGGAGUCACGGGAGGAGAUCAAGUGGCUGCAGCCAUGGGAAUCUAUGGUCCACGAACCACUUAUGUUUUGGCUGUUAAGGGCUUUCCAGGAACUCAUGAGUUCUUGCUUCUUGAUGAAGGUAAAUGGCAGCAUGUUAAGGAGACAACAGAGAUCGCAGAAGGGAAAAUGUUUUCACCAGGAAACUUAAGAGCCACGUUUGACAAUUCCGAAUACAGCAAGCUGAUUGAUUACUACGUGAAAGAGAAGUACACACUGCGAUACACAGGAGGAAUGGUUCCUGACGUUAACCAGAUUAUUGUGAAGGAGAAAGGAAUCUUCACGAACGUGACUUCUCCCACGGCUAAGGCAAAGCUGAGGCUGUUGUUCGAAGUGGCUCCUCUUGGCCUGCUCAUUGAGAAUGCUGGUGGAUUCAGCAGUGAUGGAUACAAGUCUGUGCUCGACAAGACCAUCGUCAACCUCGACGAUAGAACUCAAGUUGCUUAUGGCUCAAAGAACGAGAUCAUCCGCUUCGAAGAAACCCUUUACGGAACAUCAAGACUCAAGAAUGUUCCCAUUGGAGUUACUGCUUAG